AUGCUUCCACCACCGGGCUUGGAGCCCUCACUCGCCUCCCUCCUCCAAGAUGCAACACCCACAUCCCUCCUCUCCGACGCGAUAGCAACAGCCACCUCCCUCCACUCCCUCGGCGUCGACUUCCCCACCAUCACCUCGGCCGUCCUCUCCACCGCAACAGCCAUCUCCUCUUCCCCGAAAGAACCAGACAACGGCGAAUGCCGCCUCCUCGGUCCCUUCGCCAUCUUCGUACAAGGCGCCUUAGGCUGCUUCGCUCUCCUAGCACUGGUAUACAAACGAUGGCGAGAACGGCCGCAAAGACCUAUUAAGAUCUGGUCCUUCGAUGUCUCAAAACAAGUUGUGGGAAGUGUGUUGGUACAUAUUGCGAAUCUGUUGAUGAGCAUGCUGUCGAGUGGGCAGUUUUCGAUAAAGCUGGAUCCGAAUAUCGUGACGAGAGGGCCGAAUCCGUGUUCGUUUUACUUGUUGAAUUUGGCUAUCGAUACGACGAUAGGCAUCCCAAUCCUCAUCUUCCUCCUACGCAUCCUCACCGCCCUCUUCGCACUAACCCCUAUCGGCAACCCGCGCGAAUCUAUCGAGUCUGGGAACUACGGCAGCCCGCCUCGCGCAUGGUGGUGGUUCAAACAAUCCAUAAUCUACUUCAUCGGCCUGAUGGGCAUGAAGGUCUGCGUCCUGAUCAUCUUUCUCGUGCUCCCCUGGAUAUCACGCGUUGGUGACUGGGCUUUGAAAUGGACAGAGGGCGACGAGGCACUACAAGUCAUCUUCGUCAUGUUGGUUUUCCCAGUCAUUAUGAAUGCGACGCAAUACUAUAUCAUCGAUUCUUUUAUUAAGAACCAGAAACCAGAGCAUGAGCGGAUACCAGACUCGGACGCAGAUGCGGAAGUUCAAAGCCAUCAACCGUUCGAGGAUGGGAGGAGUGGCAGCAGUGAUGAGAUUCAUAGUGGGGAUGAGGAGGACGAGGAGGUGAUGGCGAAGGAAGAGGAGUUGAAGAGGGCGAAAUCGAAGGUUAAGGAAAUUGAUUGUAAACCCGCAAACGGCGCAUAG